GAUGUUUAGACGCGCACUCCAGUUUUCGGUGUAGAUAGCGCGACUGAGCGUUUUCUAAGUGCAGAUGGCGUGACCGCGGUGCAGAACUGGCUCGUUCUUUACUCACGUCAUUCGGUAUUUCGUUCGUUAUUCGCUAAGAUUGAUCGUUUUCGGGAAACCCACCCCUGAUCUGCAGCCACUCUGUGCUCAUCUUUUAAACCAUAUUUGGCUGCUCUUGCAUUCCAGUGGAUCAUGGCGACAACACAACUGUGGAUCAUCAGCUUAGUGCUGUGCAGUGCUCUUCCCUCCGCAGCAACCGUUAACUGGAAGCUCACAGUAACUAAUAAUAUUCAGGCUUAUCAGCAUGACUGUGUGAUUAUUAACUGUACUUUUGAGUAUAAUAACUGCACUGAGGAGCAAAAAAAGAUCCAAAGUACACCUGAGAAAGGAAUAUGGAUGAAGGAGAUGGAAAGUGUGAAAGUGUACCACCCCAAUUCCUCCCAGAUAGACUCAGCCUUCAGAGGUCGUACUGAGCUGCUGGGGAACAUCAGCCAAAAGAACUGUACACUGAAGAUCAACAACCUGAGGAAGACAGAUACUGGACAGUACAUCUUCAUGGUGGAGGGAAAAACUAAAAACACUGACAGAUGUCAUUACCGUUACAUAAAACAUCCAGUGACACUGCAUGUAGACUAUAACGACACACGACCGGUCAUCACAAUGGAUGAGGUGAAAGUUGGAUCUCUUGCUAUAGUCACGUGUUCAAUCAAUUACACCUGUGUGUCAAACCCACCUGACCUCAACUGGAGUCACAAGCAAAGAGGAAAUUGCAGCACAGGUCAGAAUCGGCAUGGAGAUCAAUGGAUACUGACGUCAAAUUUGACCUUUCAGACCCAAGACAGUGACCUGGACACCAUGAUCAACUGUACUGCAAAAUACAAGAACCUGUCAUCUUCGGGUUAUGAGGAAAACAAGGAAUCAACUUUGCUUAAAUUAGGCUAUCCACCAAGAAUAAAGGAAGAAUCAGCCUGUUCCAAAAAUCAGUGUGUUUGUGUGGUGGAUUCCAGACCCCCCAGUGUUAUAAAGUGGCUCAGUUCAGAUGGAAAGUCAGUUAUAAGUACCAUUAGUGCCAAAGAAUACAAAGUGGAAUAUGAGCUGAAUAUACUUGAUGUUAACGUUGGAGUGCUGUAUUGUGAAGCCAUCAACCGCCACGGGAAAUCAACUGUGAGCUUCAGUCUAGGCUCUUCUUUAGGUUUUCUCUACAUUGUGAUCAGUGGCUUCGCUGUACUCAUCAUCAUCCUUCUGGCAGCCAUUUUCUAUGUGUGGAGAUUCAGAAUACAAAAAGAAAAACAAAGACAAGAUCCCAUAGGGCAAGAUGCUCCUAGGACGCCGGCACCAGCUGUCCCAGAGAUGUGCACAGACAAGGAAGACAUGGAAGAUGACGACUAUAUUAUUCCUGUCUCAUCACUUGAGAGCCCAGCACAAGUCAAAGUUCCAGCAAAGUCUGCAGAUGAAGAUUACGUUAUACCACUGGAGGCAAGAAAUACAUUUUCAUUACAUACUUCUAUAAGCUCCUGA